CAGACGACGUCGUGGCCGAGUGCGCGAGCUGUGAAUACAAUAAACGUGCUCUAGACUAGAUUUAUUUUAGAAUACAUAAAUCAAGCAUAUAUAUAUUCAUAUAUGUGCAUAUGAAAAAACAAAUGUAUAAUAAAGUAAUGUGAAUUAAUUCAGACAUUGAGUGUCCAAGCGAAGAGUUUGCUUUAUGGCCCGAGAAAUUGCACGCAAAAGUGAUAUAAUUACAAUUUGAAACGAUUUUCCAUUUGGUCAGUGGAAAACUAAAUAUGAAUGCCUGGUCUCUAUGUUAAAAAUAGAGCCAUGAUAUAGAGACAAAGCAAGAGAGUGAGCAGCGAGCAGCGAGCAGCGAGCAGCGAGCAUCGAGAGCAAAGAAAUUGGCAUUAGUUAAGAAACUGGAGCACGGAAAAUGGAAAAUGCUGUGAAUAAUCACGGAGCUGCGGCGGCAUCGAAGCUGCGGCAUCGCCGUCGCAUGCCCCGCAAUCAGCGCGAGCAGACGCCGGAUGCCAACAGCAGGCCUCACCCGCAGCUAGACAGCGUCAGCCAGGAUCAGGACAGAGCUCAGCAUGUCUGCAUGCAGAUACGUCCGCCGGGCGCGAUGUCCGCGCAUGAGAGCAAAAUAUUGCGCAGGCGAGACAAGGCUUUCGCCGGUGUUGCCGCGCGCAGCCAGUCGCAGCCGCGCGAGGCUGAGAAGCUGAGCAGUCCGGAUGCGCAUCAGCUGAUCAAGCAGCACCGCAGCCUGUCGUCGCCGCGGCACAAGGACGAGUCCAGUGAGAGCGAGCUGACGGGCAGCUCGCAGUCCUACACGGCUCAGCAGCGGCCGGGCGACGACUCACUGAGCCGCCUGGAGCAGAAUAUGCUGCGCUUCGAGGAGGAGCGACGGCGCUUCGAGACAGAGAAGCGACUGUUCGAGCGCGAGCGACGCGAGCACAAACUGCGCCAUCGCCAGCAGCUGGACCACGAGGAGCGCAAGCGACUGCUGCAGAACUAUCGCAAGAUCAGCGACAGCUUCCAGCUGCCGCAGGAUGAGGAGGAGCGCCGUCGCCUGGUGCAGAGUCUGCGCCUGCAGCGCCACGAGGCGCCGUCGCUGCGCUCACGCAAUCGCAGCAGCGGCUACGAAGAGUCCUCCACGCAGUUCAGCUCCUCCGAUGCGGACACAGCCGAGGAGCAGCACACGAGACGCAAGGCGACAGCACAGUCCCUGGCUGGGUUCAUAGCGGCGCCCAUACGCGGCGCACCACCACCGCCGCCAACCACGCAGGCACCGCCAAAGCCACCCGAGCGCCAUUCAGUGAGCCGCAACAGCUCACUGUCUCCCGUGCGUCCGCAGCGACGCUCAAAGACGCCAGAGCAACGCAGCACCGCAGCGGAGCAUUUGAAUCGCAAAGCGGAAUACGUCGAAGUGGGCGAAUCCGUCGUCGAUGCGCCAGUCAAGCCGAAGCUCACGGAGGAGCAGCAGCGCACAGAGCUGCGUCGCGCCUACGUGGAGGCAGCCGAAAGAGCGGCAGCUGCAGAGGCAGCGCUGGCCAGGAGUCUGGCCACAGCCACACAGGAGAAGGUGAAACGCAGCAACAGCCUGAGAGCGCCAGAGACUGAAGCCAAGCCGGAGUCCAAGCGCAGCUCUAGCCUGGAGCGACCAAAGAGAGCAAAGCGUGAAGCCAGCCUAGAGCGGCCCAAGAAGGUGGAGAAGCAAGCUGCAGCUCCUCUAGUCGACGGCCAAGCUCAAAUGGAGCAAACUACAAAGGAAGAUCUGACAAUCCUGCCAGAAGUGGAAAAACCUCCAGCUCUGCUCAAGCGUUUGGCCAAUCUAUUUAGGAGCAAGCCAAAAGCUGUGAUUCCAGCAGAGAGUCUGGCAGUCGAGGCCAAGUCGAGGUCUCUACUGGGUCAUCUGCGCCUGGAGGCGGCGCACGAAUGGCGACGCCUCAAGCUGGAUUAUCCCGUGCGCAUGGCGGAGAUGAAGUUGUUGAGGAAUCAAUGUGUAGCUCACAUGAUAUUGUUGAUCCUGCUGCUGGGCUUCGGUGGACUGAUGUUUCGCUAUACGGAGGGCACGUCCGAGGACAUCUACAAGUGUGAAGUGCGCAAGGUGAAACGCGACUUCAUUGACAAUCUCUGGUCAGUCAGCCAUAACAUGAGAGAGGAUGACUGGAAGUCCUUGGCGCGCAAUAAGCUGCGCAAUUUCGAGGAUGAACUCAAUACGCUGGCCGAGCUCGGCCUGCGUCGUUUCCCUGGGCAAAAGUCUUUCAACUUUGUCAAUUGCUUUAUUUAUUGCUGGACUGUGAUCACAACCAUAGGUUACGGUCACAUAACACCAAAGACAGAAGUGGGACGCUGGCUGACGAUCAUCUAUGCGAUCAUUGGCAUUCCGAUGUUUCUGAUUGUCCUGGCAGAUCUGGGCAAACUGUUCACGCGCAGCGUCAAGUUCCUGUGGGCGUACGUGAGGCGGGUGUAUUACACGCGCUCGUGUCGUCGCAUACGGAGGCAGCAGCAGGUGCGGGACGCGAUGACGGGUUUCAAUACUGUUUACGAUCUGGCCAUACGCCGGCCCAGCAUGUUCUUUGGCAUGACUGAGGCGACGGCGGCGGAUCUGGAAUCUCAGGGCGAGGGCGAUGCUGAGGCGGGCAAAUCGUUGGGCACCUCACACCCGGAGACGCCCACGUCGCCAUAUCCGGAAACCUUCGAGGUGGACGACGAGUUCAAUCUGCCCAUAUCGGUAGCUACGAUGCUGCUAAUCGCCUACAUCCUGCUGGGCAGCGCCGGCUACACGUUCAUCGAGAGCGAAUGGUCCUUCUUCGGUUCAUUCUACUUUGUUUUCAUCUCGAUGUCGACGAUCGGCUUUGGCGACUUGGUGCCGGCGAAUCCGUUUUACGUGAUGGUCAGCAUGAUAUAUCUGAUCUUCGGCCUGGCCCUGACCUCCAUGUUCAUCAAUGUGGUCCAGAUCAAGCUCAGCGAUCACUUCAAGCGCGCCAGCGCCAAGGUGGGCGCCACAAUCGGCAUGAACAUGGCCAGUGAGUUCGGGGACGGCUCUCAGGUAAAGACGCCAUCGGAGUUUGCAUCGGUGCACGGCUCACGUUUGGGUGCCAUCGAUGAGGAUGGACACGAGACACCAGCUAAUGGUGCAGCCAAUGCCAAUCCCAACUCGAGCCCACCGCUCACAUCGAUAUUGCGUGCACCACGCCCCCUGUCGCCGGCAUCGAUUCCAAGGGACAGUCCGCCUCCUCUGCUGCCCAGGCAGCAGCAACAGCCUUCGCCGUCCGAAGGAGAAGCCAAGAAGAAGUAUAGAUUUUUCUAAAGAUACAGAUUGAUUUAUCUAACCUGAUCGCGAGAGUCUUAUAUAACCUGAAAAUGACAAGAAAAAAACUG